AUGAGUCUACGUCUGUCUUCGCUCGAUCCGAACGAGCCCCGGGCACUCAAAGCCUUUGCAGAUUGUCGAACAUGUAAUCGCCGACGGAUACGCUGCGAUCGUACCUUGCCCACAUGCAAGAAGUGUGCCCUCAAGGAAUUGACCUGCCCGGGAUACGGCUUGCGAAUUCAAUUCGGGCAGGGAGUGGCAAGUCGAGGCAAGCUGACGGGCAAAACGCUGCCCGUCCUCGAACCAGCACCCCCGCCGGCGGCUGUCUACAUCAAGGACAGCCCCAAAAGCCUGACUCCCGGAGAGUCCUCAGAUUCACGCGAUGAUGGCCUCGACACAUCGCUGCUGGGAGGGGGCGAGCAGCCAAUCGCCGUGCCACCCGCCCUACGCAACGCUUUCCAACCCAGCUUCGACGAGACCACUCUCCACAACCCCUUUGCGCUAAAUCUCGAUCCGUCGUCCUAUGCUCUGCCCCAGUAUCUGCAGGACAGGCCUGUCAGACAGCUCAUCCACUACUACGACCAUGUGGUGGCCACCGUCAUGCCCUGGGUCGACGGACCCGAGAACCCGUGGCGGACCCUGAUGCUUCCUCUUGCUAUGCAUUCGCCCUCGCUGCUUCUCGCGGUCCUCGCACUUGCGGCCGAGCAUUACAGCACCAGAUCCGGGUCGUCGUGGCCCGGGAUCGAGGGAUUCGUGUCCAGAGACUAUCGAGAUAAGAGCCUGGAGCUCCUGGCGAAGGAUCUGGGAAAAGAGGUGACGGAACAUGCGAGCGUUGCACGUCACGCUCGCGCCAGCGGCAUCUUGGCCACCAUCCUCGUUCUCUGCAAUCUGGAGAUGAUUCGGUGCGACUCGGCCACCUGGCGCGUCCAUUGGAAAGCGGCGAGGACGAUUACGCGGCGCUGGACAUCCCCUCACCUCGCAUCCACCGUCCUCGAUGAUACCUGUCGAUUUCUGGUCAAAGAAGCCUUCGUCUACGACGUCUUUGGCUCGUCCACCACAUUUGACGACGAUGACCAAAUCCCGGGGUCCGUCCUGGUGGAACAGGACGCCCACGUCUUUACGGAUUGGCUGCAGCUGGUCCAGGAAGUGACCUACGCCGAAAGACGUCGCCAUCGCGAGGCACCGCACAUCCAGGCCCAGCCCGACUUAGCCAACAUGCAGGCCCUGCAGAGGAGGUUCGACUACGCGCGAAAUCGGUCUCUGGAGUUCAGCAAGAGUCUGGACUUUGGCACCCCGGGAUUUCACAGCGACUUUGCAGUGCUGGUUGAUAUUUUUCACUACGCUGGACUGGCAUAUAGCUUCCAGGCACUCCUUGACCCUCAGGAAUUUGCUCCCGCCAUCGACACCUGCAUCAGCGGCGUCAUCACCAAGAUCGCCGAGAUCCAGAACAAGGAGGCGUACCAGCACGACCUAGUGUGGCCUCUGUUCGUCGUCGGAACCCAAAGCAGGCUGAACAAGAACACACAAGCGUUCGCCGAUGCUAAGCUCCUCGAGGUGAUGAAGUCGACCGGCUUCUCCAAUUGUUACCCAGCGCUCGAGUUUCUGCGGCGCUUUUGGAAGUGCGACCCCAGCAUCGCAGGAGACUGGAUGCAGUUCGCCCGACAGGAGUCAAGUCGCGGUCUGAGUUUCCUGGUGAUCUGA